CAAAACCUCAGAAUCAGAAAGGGGGAAGGGGGCUAGGCUAAAUGGCGGCGGCGCCGGAGAGCAAGGCGGGCAAGUCGCCGGAGGAGAUGCUCUGCGCGGCGGCGGAGUCCGGUGACGAGGAAGCCGUCGUUAGACUCCUUGCCGCAGGAGCUGACGCCACCCACUUCGAUGCCGCCGGCUUGACCCCGCUCAUGCACGCGGCCGCAGGGGGGCACGCCGCCGUUGUGCGCCUCCUCCUCGAUACCGGCGCGCCCUGGAACGCGCUCUCCCCCUCAGGCAUCUCCGCGGGCGACCUCGCCUCCGACCCCGGCACCUACGACCUCCUCCUCGACCACGCCCUCCGCUCCGAGCUCAUCCUUGGCACCGUCGCGCGGCGGCAAGCGGCGCCCGCGAACGCCUCCGACGGGGCUCCCGCCGAAAGCUACCUCGAAUCCAGGGUCUCGUUCAGCGAGGAAAGGGUGAUGGACGCGGAGAGCAAGGCGGUGAUGAUGGCGUGGGAACGACCGCUGAUGGAGGCGCACGCGCGGGCGGUGUGCUCCGGCGGCGGCGGCAAGGUGCUAAACGUCGGGUUCGGGAUGGGGCUCGUGGACGAGGCGAUACAGAGGUACGAGCCCGAGGAGCACACCAUCGUGGAAGCCCACCCGGAGGUGUACGCGCGGAUGCUCAAACUCGGGUGGGGUGAGAAGAAGAACGUCAGGAUCGUGUUCGGGCGGUGGCAGGACGUGCUGCUGCAGCUCGGAUCUUAUGACGGUAUCUUCUUUGACACCUACGGAGAAUACUACGAGGACAUGAGAGAGUUCCACCAACAUCUUCCUAAGCUACUGAAGCCCGGAGGGAUCUACUCAUAUUUCAACGGCCUCUGCGGUGACAAUGCAUUCUUCCACGUGGUGUACUGCCAGCUUGUCGCGUUAGAGCUGGCAAAUCUGGGCUAUUCGACACAGUUCAUCCCUCUCCCGGUGAAAGAUUGCCUGCCGGAUGAAGUGUGGAAGGGCGUGAAGCAGAAGUAUUGGCAGCUGGAUACCUACCACCUCCCAGUUUGCCAGUCUGAAUCAGAAUCAGAGUGAAACUCUAUGAACCCCGAUUGGGGUAUUUGUGUUACUGUUUAGUGACUGUUUGCUGCUUCAUUUGUUCAAGCAUGCUGUAUUACAAAAUACACACGCCAUUUCGGGAGCUGAACUUUCUUUCUGUGUGCGAUGCGUAAUUGGGCCUUCCUUUCGUA